AUGGCCUUCGGUGCACCCUCACACAGAAUCCAUUCUCAAUUGGUUGCUGCAUGCCGCGUCCUCGCAGUCGACGAUUCAGAUUUCAUCCUCAUCUAUGGGGUUACUCUUGUCUUCUUCACGGAUGUAGAUAAUGAUUCGUCCGAGGAUCAUAUCAUUAAGUGUACGGGACGACUCGAGCUCUGCAACUUGCAUGAGGUCCACACUAUCUAUCGCCAUAUCAUCCACGAGGAAGAAAGUACCAAUCAGGCUAACGAACGAUUGACAAACCUUUUAGAGGCCCCACCAAUCUACAGCGUGUGGCAGCGAUGCAUCCUGGCAUUUGGUCUCUCAGGGUUUAUCUGUCCACUCGCAUUCGGUGGCUCAUUCUUGGACACAUGGAUCGCUGGAGCCGCUGGAGCGAUUUUGUGCAUCCUACAGCUUACCGUCUUUCCAAAAGGAGUACUCAUGGGCAACAUCCUCGAAGUUGCUAUCACCUUUUGGAUCUCUUUCGUAGCCCGUGCUUUGAGUGGCAUCAAGGGUGAUUUAUUCUGCUACUCUGCAAUUGCGUCUUCCGCUAUCGUGGGCGUAUUGCCCGGCUAUCUUAUAUUGAACAGCUCCCUUGAUUUGGCUUAUAAAAACAUGAUGUGCGGUUCAAUCAGGCUAGUCUAUGCUCUUGUAUACACGCUCUUUCUAGGCUUUGGGCUUCGCAUAGGAUCCGAUUUCUAUCUCCUUCUUGACCCUUCCGAGCGACGCCAUUUGUCCAUGCUGGCCGGCGAGAUCGAUGGCAAAUUGGUGGUCAAUGGUACAUUCUUCUCAGACAACUCUACCCGUUUCGACAAUACGUCUCCGCUAUUUGGCACCUGGACCUUUUUCAAUAGCACGUCAUCGAACCGAGAUCACAUUUUCAAAGGCUGUGAACGCCCACCUGGGUCUGUGUGGUACCUUCAAGUGUUUCCAUGGUGGACGCAACUUUUUAUGGUUCCAAUUUUUGCUAUAUGCAGCUCUAUGGCGAACUUGCAGCCGUGGAAGAGCAAAGAAAUGGUCGUCAUGGUCGUUAUCGCUUGCGUCGCUUGGACUGCAAAUGAGGUUGUGGGUAGGUAUAUCAAGGCACGAUCCGACUACGUCUCGUUCGUCGCAGCGAUGGUAGUUGGACUGAUAGGUAACAUCUAUUCCCGGAGGAUGGGAGGUACGGCAUUCACAUCUAUGGUCACUGGCGUAUUGUUUCUAGUACCCUCAGGUCUAUCGCAGAACGGAGGCAUCACGGGUGGAAGCAGCGUUGCGGUAGGAGGCGGAAUGCUAUCAAUUGCGAUUGGAACUACCGUGGGGCUGAUGAUGAGCCAAGCCGUUGUAUACGCCUUCGGCCGGAAGAAAAGCGGGGGCAUGUUCACGUUUUAG